GUAGGCAGUAUAUUCUCUAGUUUCUACAUGCAACAAUCAAAAAGAAAAAGAAAAUUCAUAAACUAAUCCCAGCUGGAGGUCGAUGUUCGCAAAGCUUGUCCCUUUCCUGUUCUCCUUGGGGUAUAUGCGAAAUUAUGGACAAAUUAAAUGAGAACGCUGCUGCUGCUGCUGUCCAAUAUUUCUACUGAAACAAUAUUGCAGUGAUAGUGAUAUAUACUCAAAUCCAAUUUUCUAGUGCUGUCAAAGAUAGACAUAUUGAAGGGUCCAUUCAAUUUGGCAUGAAAUCUUUUGAAGAGUAUAUAUUCGUUAGAAACUCCAACAUGGGCCAAUGCAAUCGAUUCUAGUGAGAAAAUAGAAGGCUUUGUAGUUUUCAUCUCUAGUUGUCAUCCUAAAAUGCCUGCAGCCUGCAGCAGGACCACAAACCCUAUUGCCUUUCCUUCAAAUUCUAUAUAAAUAGAGCCUUUCUUAUAAGCCUAAGAAUCUCAUUCCACCACAUCAACAUUAAUCACUAAAACCCCAUAUCAGCUUUACCGGCCAACUCCUCUUCCAUGGCCUCUAAGACUCUCUCCAUGAAACUACUCUUCUCGCUAUUGAUUUCUUCAUUUGCCAUCAUGAUCCGCAUGGCAACAGCAGGAGAUCCAGACAUUCUCUUCGACUUUGUAGCCUCACCAAAUGUCACAGUCGAUGGAAAUUUCUUCAAAUUUACUGGCAUGCGUUCCCUCAUUGGAGCAGGCCCUCCCACAGCUUUUAAGGCUUCGAAAGCAAGCAUGGCUGAAUUCCCGGUUCUCAACGGGCAGAGUAUUUCUAUGGAUGUCCUUGAAUUUCCUGCGGGCUCCAUUAGCCCACCCCACACCCGUGUUCGCGCUACUGGGCUGCUUCUUCUGGUUGCUUGCACCCUUGAAGUAGGGUUCGUUGAUACGACCAACAAGCUGUUUUCUCAGAUUCUACAAACGGGUGAUAUGUUUAUUUUUCCAAAGGGACUUGUGCACUUCCCAUACAACGCUGGUUCGACACCUGCAAUAGCAAUUGCAGCUUUUGGUAGUGCAAAUGCUGGACUUGUUUCACUUCCCAACACUUUGUUUAACACUAGCAUUGAUGACAAUGUCUUGGCUUUGUCCUUCAAGACCGAUGUUGCCACCAUUCAACGUCUCAAGGCUGCUCUUACUCCCAAGCCCAGAGGAUAUUGUUCGAUGGUGUUUAAUUUGUGCCUUCUUUCUUUUCUUUAUUUAUUUAUUUAUUUAUUUUUGUUUUUUUGGAAUAAUUACCCUUCUUGUUUGGAAGGGUAAAUAUCAUCACCUUUGUCAGCAUCAAGUUAGAUAAGCUCAAAGACACAGGCCUUUAUCUUGACAUACAAUGAGCUAGCUUAAUUACUAUCUUCUCCCUCUUUCUUUUACCACCCUUCCUGCCGGGAUUUGAGAUUCAAGUGGCC